CUUGUCUUAUAGUUAAAAAUAAAAAGCGUCUGUCGUUGCCAUGAUUGACGAUGUGUUAGCAGCCUUGCUAUAAUAUGUUAAGUGGUCUAAUUUUUAGAGGCUGUACGAGUGCUCGAAAACUAAAAGCGAUAUUGACCACUCAUACGAAGAUGAGACGCCACUCUACGUGAGGAAAGUGCUGGAUCAAGGUGAUCUUGAAAAAGCAGAAGAGCCCAGUACGGAAUCGAUGGAUACGAGCGUUGAAUGCUCGACUUCAAAUGGGAGAAAACGGGAAACCGGAGAUGUAUCACUGAUGCCAGAGAAGAAAAAAGCAAGAAAAGAACAAGAUGUUGAACAGUGUCCACCAGGAAAAACACCGUGCAAGUAA